AUGAGUUUAACUGAUACAGAAAAACAAGCUGGUGAUAUCAAGAAACUGACUGAAUCUUUUGAAAAAUCAUUAGAAGGUCACUCUGAUGAAGCUGAAGUCUUCACCGCUAAAGAUUUAAGUUUUAUUAAUAGAAUAGCUGGUAAAUUAAAUGCUGAAACUAAAGGUAUUGAAUUAGUUACUGAUGAAGAAAAGACUGAAACUUCUGUGAUCAAUGUGUUCACUAUGUGGUUAUCUGCUAAUUUAGUUAUUGCUACUUUCGCUUUAGGUGCUUUAGGUAUCACUGUAUUCGGUUUAAGUUUCUGGCAAUCUGUAUUGGUUAUUAUCUUCUUUUCAUUAAUCGGGGUUUUACCAGUUGCAUUCUUUUCUAUCUUUGGUCCAAAAUUAGGUCUUAGACAAAUGAUUUUAUCUAAAUUCUUAGUUGGUGAUUACGCCAUGAGAAUCUUCUCCUUUAUUAAUAUGGUUGCUUGUGUUGGUUGGGGUGCUGUUAAUAUUAUGUCAGCAGCUCAAUUAUUAAAUAUUGUUAAUAAUGGUGCUUGUCCUCCAUGGGCUGGUUGUUUAAUCUUAGUUGUGUGUACUAUUUUAAUCACCUUCUUCGGUUAUCACGUUAUUCAUCUUUAUGAAAAAUGGUCUUGGGUUCCAAAUAUUGCUUGUUUUAUUGCUGUCAUUGCUAGAAUGGCUAUGUCUGGUAAUUUUACAGCUGGUGAAUUCAUUGGUGGUGAAACUACUGCAGGUAAUGUCUUAUCUUUUGGUGGUGCCAUUUAUGGUUUUGCUACUGGUUGGACUACUUAUGCUUCUGAUUAUACUGUUUAUCAACCAAGAAAUGUUUCAUCUACUAAAAUCUUUUUCUCAAUUGUUGUUGGUUUAUGGACUCCAUUAUUAUUCACUUUAAUCUUAGGUGCUGCUUGUGCUACUGGUGUUAACACUGAUCCAGAAUGGCUUGAACUUUAUAAUACCAAAUCAGUUGGUGGUUUAGUUUAUGCUAUCUUAGUUAAAGAUUCAUUACAUGGUUUUGGUGAAUUCUUAUGUGUCUUAUUAGCUUUAUCUACUGUUGCUAAUAAUGUUCCAAAUAUGUAUUCUAUGGCUUUAUCUGCACAAGCUACCUGGUCUAAAUUAUCUAAAAUCCCAAGAGUCUUCUGGACUAUUGCAGGUAAUUUCGUUACUUUAGCUAUCUGUAUCCCAGCUUAUUACCAUUUCGCUGAUGUAAUGGAUAAUUUCAUGAAUUUGAUUGGUUACUACUUAGCUAUUUAUCAAUCUAUCUCAUUAUCUGAACAUUUCAUCUAUAAUAGAGGUAACUUUGCUGCUUACGAUUAUGAAAACUUCCAUAAGAAAGAAGUUUACCCAAUUGGGUAUGCUGGUGUGUUUGGUUUCUGUUGUGGUGCUGCUGGUGUUGUUGUAGGAAUGAAUCAAGUUUGGUAUGCCGGUGUCUUAGCCAAGAAGAUUGGUGAUUAUGGUGGUGAUAUUGGUUUUGAAUUAGCAUUUGCUUUCUCGUUCGUUGGUUUCAAUUUAGUUAGACCAUUAGAAAAGAAAUACGUUGGUCGUUAA